AUGAGUGCCCACCUGGCCACGCCGCCUUACGUGCCCUACCCCAGCACGGCCAGGUAUGGGGACUACUACUGGCUCUCCGCAGGCAGCAUGGACAGUAUGCCCACCGAGGAGGCUCCGGUGCUGGACGCGCUCCCCCUGCCCGCGGCCAAGACGCCUAGUCCCUCAGUUGACUCUCCAGCUUCCUCCAGCUCUGGGACACUCACCCAGUACCACACUCCCGACUCUGCCACUAGCCCCACCGCAUUAGGGACCCCGUCUCCCCACUCCUCUGCGCAGAAGGUCAAGGCGCAAGGCAAGGGGGCGGUGAAGAUGGGCAAGAGCCGCACAGCCUUCUCGCAGGACCAGCUGAGAGCCCUACACCAGCGCUUCCAGAACCAGAAGUACCUCAGCCCCCAACAGAUCCGGGAGCUGGCUGCUGCCCUUGAGCUCACCUACAAGCAGGUCAAAACAUGGUUUCAGAAUCAGCGGAUGAAAUUUAAGCGUUGCCAAAAGGAGAGCCAGUGGGCGGAUAAAGGGUUGUAUCUACCGCAGAGUGGGGCUCAUCAGGCUGCCUACAUGGACAUGGCACCCACGCUUCACCAGGUCUUCCCUGUCGGCGCCGGCAGGAAUUUUCAGGCUGUGCACAACGUGCACCAGGCUUACAGCAGCGGACAGACUUACGGGAAUGGGCAGAACCUGUACUCGUUCGUGUCUGUGGAGGAUGUGGAGGAUGUGGGGCUCUUUGGAAGAGGUGGGACAAGCUGCAAUACCCAGCAAACCGUGGGUUUACUAAGCCAGCAAAUGAACUUCUACCACAGUUGCUUUGACAAUAUAGAUUAUGUCAGCGUGGAGGUAGAAGACACCUUCAAAUUCCAGAACACCUCUGACACUGUCACACAAUUUUCAAGCUCUCCUAUACAGAAUCAAUGCCAGUUACCUUGGCAUCCCAUGGGGACCCAGAGUGGGUAUCAGUCUCAGGUUUGA